GCUUUCGGUAAGAAGGAAGACGAGAGAGAGAUUACAAGAGAGGCCGCAAAAAAUAAAGAAAAAGGUCGCCUUUUUUACCUGCUUUUGCUGCAGAGAUCGCCAAUUGAAAAAAAAAACAGAAGUUGGUUAUGCCAUUAAUGGACUCUUUUGGUGGCUGGGAGAGGUGGGGAGAGAGAAAGAGGAGAUAGCUAGGGAGAAAAGGAAGAGCUUUUGGUGGAAUUUGAUGGCAAAUAAAGGGAAUUCGAGCCAGGGGCAGCAGCAGGAGCAGCAUAUCUCCUUUGGCUUGAUCCAGCCCUCCUCUUCGACGCAUGGAAACUUCAUCAGAAGUAGGGAGGCGGGGGCCUAUGACUUGGGAGAGCUGGACCAAGCACUGUUCAUGUAUCUUGAUGGGCAGGACCAUUCAUCAGCUCAAGAACAAAGACAGACUCUGAACAUUUUUCCUUCUCAACCCAUGCAUGUAGAGCCAUCUACAAAGGGCGAAAUUAGUUUGGUCUCUCCAACAAGCAGUGGUUCUAAGAAGUCACCAGAGCAAACCAUGGAGCUAGGCAACCCAAGAAGCAAUCCCCCAGCUUUGCCCGAGCCUGGGAAGGAUCUUAAAGCAGUAGUGAAGAACGAAGGAAAUAACAGAAAGGGCACAUCUAGUUCAGAGCAAGAAAGGCCCAAGACACCGGAUCCUAAGACACUGAGACGGCUUGCUCAGAAUAGGGAGGCAGCAAGGAAAAGCAGGCUAAGGAAGAAGGCUUAUGUUCAACAGCUAGAGAACAGUCGGAUCAAGCUAACUCAGCUAGAACAAGAGCUCCAGAGGGCAAGGGCUCAGGGUUUCUUCUUUGGUGGUGCACUUCUUGGGGAACAAGGCGGCUUCCCUCCCAGCAUCAGCGCACUCAGCUCAGAUGCUGCGAUGUUUGACAUGGAGUAUGCGAGAUGGCUUGAGGAGCACCAUCGACGGAUGUGCGAGCUUCGUGCUGCAGUGCAAGAACACCUACCAGAGAACGAGCUCCGGAUGUUUGUGGAGAACUGCCUGGCUCACUACGACGAGAUGAUUAACCUCAAGAGCUUAGUUAUCAAGUCUGACGUCUUCCACCUCAUCUCCGGCAUGUGGAAGACCCCUGCCGAGCGCUGCUUCUUGUGGAUGGGUGGCUUCCGCCCCUCCGAGCUCAUCAAGAUGCUUUUGAGCCACAUAGAGCCAUUAACAGAGCAACAGAUAUUGGGGGUGUGUGGUCUGCAACAGUCGACGCAGGAGACAGAGGAAGCGCUGAGCCAAGGACUUGAAGCCCUCCACCAGUCUCUACUGGAUACCGUCACCUCCGAUGCGCUGAGCUGCCCGUCCAACAUGGCUAACUACAUGGGCCAAAUGGCCAUUGCCAUGAACAAGCUCACCACCCUUGAGGGUUUUGUUCGACAAGCAGAUAAUCUGAGGCAUCAGACACUCCACCGGCUUCACCACAUUUUGACCACCCGUCAAAUGGCCCGAUGCUUGCUGGCCAUCGCUGAGUACUUCCACCGCCUCCGUGCACUGAGCUCCCUAUGGCUCGCUCGACCAAGACAAGAGUGAUUCUCUAAACCCUAGAAAGUGCACACACACAAAGAAAAGAAAAAAAAAGGAGAUCAGGAAAGAGUUUACAGCAGUGUGCCACCUCCAUCUAUUUCCUUGGUACUGAAUGGGAUUCUAUGGAGAAGUAGGCAGAUCCAUUAAUUAGAGUCCUUUCUAGAGAUGUAUAGAUAGAUAUAUGGAUACGUAGAUACACUGAAUUGAUGAAAUGUGGCCUAGGCUUCACCCCAUCCUCCUCUCUUCUUUCUCAGCUUACCUUAUCAUGAGGGUGAAUUUGUGGGAAAGUAGAGAUUUGAGGCAGUGUUUUCUGACUUGGUUGAUGGAGGGAGGAGAAACAAAAGGGAGGUGACGAUAUCUUUAGAGAAUUUCAGGAUGGAGAAGGUAAAGAAAAAGCAAUCUCUCUCUCUCUCUCUCUCUCUUCGCUGUAUGUUUUGAAGACCACAAGGUGUUCGCACGAACAGGAAGGGUGGGUGGGUCCACUUGUGCACGUGUCACCCUGUGGCGGUCAGACCCUGCAUGCUUUUGGAAUAUUUGGUGAAGGUGUCAGACGGGGCUCUGUAUUGAACUUUGGCCGGUGACAUUUUAUUUAGUUUGUCCUUUGUGUUUUUA